AUGGACGAUGAAUCUGCUUCUAAUAGCUCCGUCUUCAGAAACCUCGAAGGAGAAGAGAUGAUGGGAAAAGUGAUUCUGUUCGUAGUCGUAUCACUAUUCGCAGCGAUUCUGUUCCUCCUCUUGCUUCAUCUCUACGCAAGACUCUUCUGGUGGCGUGUAGAACAACAUUUCAACCUAAACCUAAUCCGAUCCGACGAUCCUGGAUCCACUGUACAUGUCAUCGGCCGUCACAACCAACGACGCCGUUUCAUCUUCGCUCAAGCUCAAGAAGAUCCUCCUCGCAACACAGGUCUCGACUCUUCUCUUCUCCAAUCGAUCCCUGUCGUUGUUUUCAAGUCAACGGACUUCAAAGACGGCAUCGAAUGCUCCGUUUGUCUCUCCGAUCUCGUUGACGGCGAUAAAGCUAGGGUUUUGCCAAGGUGUAAUCAUGGGUUUCAUGUUGAUUGUAUUGAUAUGUGGUUUCAGUCUCAUUCCACUUGUCCUCUCUGUAGAAACACGGUUGGUUCUGUUGAAGAAGAGACGACACAUGGAGGAAACGAGGGUUUGUCUCAAAAUCAAAACUUUGAAUCCGGACAUUCGAGUAAUCAACAAAACCCAUCUCAUCAAGACCAGAGCUCUGUUCUUGGGGUUUCGACAGAACCUCUUAAUUUUCCGACAAAUGUACUAGUUUGGGGAGAUCACAAUCAAGUUAGAAGUCAAGGCGUUAUAGUUACUGGAAAUGACCAUCAUCAAAUAGAAUCUACUACUAUUGGUAACAGAGCACAAGAAGUAACGGCGCUUGUGGUGGAUAUUCCGGCGAAUUCAAGUGAGAAUUUAACGGAGAGAAUCCAAGAAGAAGAGCCUAAGUCACCGAUGUUCACAAGGUUGAGAUCGCUUACGAAGUUUUUGAGUAGAGAGAAGAAAAGUGUGGCUUGCGUUAGUGGUACCAACAACAACAGCAAUGUUUGA